UCACCAUCAGCCAGCAGCACUUCCGUCAAAUUUGUUGACAAGUGUACCGGCAAACUGAAGCGGUGGUUUUCUCGCUGUUGGUCUGACAGAACAAGACGAUUCAGGAUCAUGGUUUCCUUAACGACCUUGCUUCUGCUUGUGGCGUUGCCUUUAGUCAUACUUGCGAAGGAUUCAAAAGCCAAAGGCCCAAAAGUCACGGAUAAGGUCUUUUUUGACAUCGAAAUUGGAGGUAAAAAAGAAGGAAGAAUUGUCAUAGGUUUGUUCGGGAAGACAGUGCCAAAGACUGUGAAAAAUUUCAAGACCUUGGCUGAAGGAAGUGCAGAGGAUAAAUCAUUGACCUAUAAGGGCAGCAAAUUCCACAGAGUGAUCAAGGACUUUAUGAUCCAAGGUGGGGACUUCACAAGAGGAGAUGGCACUGGAGGUAAGAGCAUAUACGGAGAGAAAUUCCCUGAUGAGAACUUCAAGCUGAAGCACUACGGCGCAGGAUGGUUGAGUAUGGCCAAUGCUGGAAAGGACACAAAUGGAUCUCAAUUCUUUAUCACUACGAAAGUCACAUCAUGGCUGGAUGGGCGCCAUGUUGUAUUCGGAAAAGUUUUGGAAGGAAUGAAAGUGGUACGGAAAAUAGAGCAAACUAAAACAGGUGCCCAGGACAAACCAAAUGAAGCUGUGAUGAUUGCAGACUGUGGCUCUUUGCCAGUUGAAGAAUCAUUUGCAGUAGAAAAGGCGCCAUCUGAAGAAUAAUAUGUUAAACCAUUUUUUUUUACAUUUAAGCUUUCUUUUUUGAUAACAGUUAACAUUACCCAGAUUUAUAUUGAAAUUUGUUGACAAAAUUGCUGCAGUCAUUAAAAUAAAACUAUGGGAUUUUGAAGUUGAAAUAAUGUGCUAUUAGAUAACAGUUUAUAUGAUUUGUCUAUGCAAAAUGUUGAGAGUAAUAGUAAUAUCACAUAUUAUGUAUCAUGUAUUUAACUUUUUUUACAAUAACUUAUUUGUUGUAUUAUUAUCAUUGUAUGUUUAAAAUACUAUACAUUUUAUUCAUAACAUUGAUGUAUGAACCAUUUUCAGGUAGUUUAAAACAAGAACCAAGCUACUCAUUACAAAUUAUAUCCUCUAAGAAAGGUUUAUGAAUGGUAGGCUGUUGUUUGAAAGAUUGUCAAAGAUUUACAUUUUGAUCACUUCAUUUUUGUAAAGUACAUGUAGAUAAUUUGUGGUACUAAGUGUAUUGUUUGUAAUUUCUACAUGGAUUUGACUGUAAAGAAAAGACCAGGGCUGGCUAAUUAAUGAGUCACAGAGUGUGUGAAUCAAAUAUAACAAAGUACUGGCAACGAUAUGCCAUUAAUUUUGUGCUACAAAUCAAUUUUGUCUAACGAUUAUUCUGGAAUUAAAGUUUAUAAAUACUUGGUACUAAUCACUAUCUUUUCAAAAAGCAUCAUACUCAAACAAAGAAGUCAGGCAAUUCAUAUACUGAUGUGUUGAUAAGAGGGUAUGUACCCAUAAUCUUUGUCUAGAUUUGUGUUGUGUAAUAUGCGGUCGGUCACUGCAUGCUCAUCAGCAUAUUGUGAUGACCUUUGAUCUUUAUAUGAUAUUGAAUGAAUGUUGGAGUACUUUGGGCUCAAUACUUUUGUAUGAAUAAAAUGGAGGAUGUA